AUGUCAACCGAGGGGGCGUCAUCCAAGGCUACCACGUCACCGAGGGCGCAAGCCCAGCCGGUGCGGCACGCAUGCACCUACCAGGGCUUUCAGGGAACGCUCACGGCGGAUACCACGGGUUGUAAUUUUACUAGCGAUCUGGUAAAGGCAGAAUUUCUUUGGGAGAACGUGAAAUGGAUUCGUGUGACCACAAAGUACAUCAAGGAUAAACCAACCUCGGUGCUAGUACUCAAGGUGAAACACGGAAAAAACUUUGGCUCACGGCUUAGCAAUAGUGGUAAGCACUAUUUUUAUUAUCUCAUGGACAUUGUAGAGGCAUCUAGAGGGCUCCAGGCGCUCAAGGAUGCUGCAUCCGCCUCAGAUGCUGCGGUUGGAUCAGCAUCCCCCGCGUCGAAAGGUCAUUUGACUGCAACCGCCAACACUACGGGCGCAGGCGACAGUACGAAUACCCUGCCAGCUGCCCCCAAUAGCAACGUUAGUUUGGCGAACUGCAAUCAGGCCAACCCAGCUUCACCCAUUGCUGGCAACACAAUCCCAAAGGCAGACAGCCCCUUACAAACUGGAGGCAAAACUCUUGGAAGUGCUCGGACGACUUCGUUGAACGUCUUGCGCCAAGAAGAUGAUUGGGUAAGCUCUUCCUCCACAGGACGGUUAAGGAAAGCUGCCAACCCGCGGGACGAAGGUGACGAAGAGAACGCUGGGCGAAACGGUGCUGGGGCGGGUGUGAACAUGCCUUUCCUCAUUGGCACCCAACGCCAUGCGGAGCAAAAGGAGUUUAACUCUAACCUGUCUCAGGCUCAGCGAUGCAAUACAGUGGCCAUCAUCAACCGCAGACGCCGAGGGAGACAACGUGAAGCGGGGAGCACCUGGUGGUCCCGAUGCCGAGACUGGGUUGCGAGUAAUUUUUCUGAGGGCCCGCUGCACGCCGUUAUAGCAUUGUGUAUCAUGCUGUUAGUGAUCCUUGCGUUGGUCCUCUCGCUCCGUCUAAUGGCGGGGUUGUUAAUUAGAGAGAACUGGCCAGAAUCGCUGCCUGAGGAGACGGUAAUCCGCGUUACGCGCGGGUUGGAGCAGCUAAAGCAGUGGCGCACAGAAUAUCACGUGGGAGGCGCCAUAAGAAACGUGAACCGCGACACGUCUGCGACGAUGAUGGCGAUGACGACGCGCUCGGCACCACCUGUCCGUGUGACGCUGAAGGACAUGACAGUCGCCGUCCAGGAACUCCUCGCGCGCUAUGUGGCAGUGCAACACGAAAUGAUUGCAACACGCAUUGAGCGUGUACGUCGCGAAAACAUGCAUCCCGAGACAAUCCUUAGCGAGCGGCGUCGUUUGCUGGAUGGCGUCCCUCUUGACUCCCUGCAGCAAGAUGAAGGGAAUUGGGAGACCAUGUAUGGAAACGAGCGUGGUGAAGAUGGGGUUGGCGACGCUGAAGCCGCUGUGUCUCAGGAGGGGCGGCAUCAGCAACCACCACUCAGAUUUUCGACGGCACGUGUGAAGGCCGAUCUGAACCGACUGCUGUGUUAUGCUCGUGAGGCGAUCGCCGUAGUGAAAUGGAUAUUUUCAAGGCGAACUAGUGCCGGUAACCAUAAGAACCGACCCACGCCCUUCUUCUUGCGAUGGCUUGCGCCCAAGCAGGACGAAGGUGGCGCAAGCCGAGCCUCCAAAGAUGGCAGGGAUACGCAGCAACUUACACGGUAUGCGGAGGUGCUUGCGAAUGGGCAGUUUGUCACGCAGGAGGUCACAUUCGCGGAACGCGAUGAGCGUCGUAAGUGCCUUCGACUCACGCGGGAGCUCAUUCGUCUCGCAAACCUGGUUGAGGAGCUCCUGCUGGAGUACCACGAUGUGGUGAUGGCGCCGCUCUAUGAGGCGUACCUGUAUGAAGGCUUCUCUAACGUCUCCGAAGUGAAGGGGAUACACGCGGCAUUCGGGGCUGCGGCCGUAGAAACGCUAUUGAGAAACGACCACGAGGAAAGUGGGUUGGCCUGGGGGCACAACAACCACCUACUGCGUUCUAUCCUGCUUCGACGACAGGCUCUUGCGCUCCUUCGCUUUGACCCCUUGUCUUCCUCCAACGGCGACCAGGAAUACAAGGCAACGCGCCGGCCGCAUAACCCCCGAUCCUCCUCAACGUCGACGAGCAAAGGUCGCAAACGAGGGAAGCAAGCCAAUUCCACAAGUGCGCCUAACAAGGAACGUGUGAAGGCCAUUCUGCAAGACUUUGUCGCAAGUACCACGGAGCCCUCCGAGACGCGUGGUCGCAUAACCACGGAAAAUUCAGCUGCCUUGAUGCGAAACAUCCUGAGCGAGAUGAAAUAUUGGUAUGAGCAUGAAGAGGACUGGCAAACCGUUGUCUUGUGGCGACUGAAUUCGCCAAACCGGACCCUAAAUGCCACGCAAACGCCACAUGGCGCCCAGGAUGCAGAAAAAGAAGCGGAGUCGGAUAAUGAUGAUUUUCGCAAGGUUAUUGGGUCUCUGCCGUUGUUUCGCGGCCUUUGGUGCUUCCUGAAGCAACCUAUAAGCUUUCCACAGGAGGCGGUAAAGAAAAAAGCAGACGUUUCCUCUUUCUCCUCAAGCCCAGUUCCUUCUGAAUACGGUCAAAAGGGCGAUGCUUUUCCUAACUUUGCUGGUAACGAGUGUGUUUUGGAGAACGAGAAUGAAAUUUUCAAGAAACUUUUUGCGGGUGGAGCUGAGGACAGUGAACUGGUCGAAGAGGUGUGCGAAUGGAGGGAAAAUGACACACGUUUUAAUAGCAUGGGCGUUCAGCCUCCUUCAGCCUCGUUGGUGACGAUGGAUCCGGCAGCAUGGGCCUUCAGUAACGAGGAACACACGAAGAAUGAUGAAGUAGGAGGUGCAGGGGACGAAACUGAGGCGACGGAGACUUGGAUACGUACCGUCGAGCUCAUCUCAGAAGAGGCCCAAAUUCGUUGGCUAAAUGUCCUUGACCUUUUUAUUCGUUCGCACGAAGACCUGCAUCAUGAAUGGGCGCAGGACAACAGGGGGUGGGAUUGGGAGAGACCCUAUGAAUGGGGCGCUGAGGUAGGCUACGGAGAGAGCAACGCGGCGCAUGCUCGUCAACGCGUUAUACGAUUGCUUGGGUGGGCGAAACACCACUAUGAGAAAUACCUCGCAAGAGACCCAGUGGCCUUGUUAGGCUCCUCCGGUGCGCUGUCGGAAUUCACGAAACAGUGCGCGACUUCACAGAGGUGGUCCUGGUGGAAAGUGUUUUGGCCGCCGUCGUGGUUUUUACAAGUUAAAUUGCCGCAGUCAACGAGCAGCUGCUGGGUAUUGCGACCAAAGCACGUGGAUCCGGCGGUGCGCCGUCUGUACCGUAACGUGUUGUAUGUACGCCUGGGCGAUUUAGAGGAUGUGCCAUUGAUGCUGCUAUAUACUUUCUCGACGCCAUCAGAGCUGCUGGAGUCCCAGUAUAAACUACGUAAUUUUUUUCAAAUUCUGUGUUGGCUGCUUCUGCUGGUCGUCGUCGUGGCAGGUGCGAUAGUCGUUUUCCUCAGUUGA